CGGUACUACAGGGGCGGAGCGCUCACUUAGCGCAUUUCUCCCAUGCCCGACUGAAUCCUGUCUCUGAAUUCUGAAACUUCAUCAAGAUGAGCCAACCACUUUUUGUGAUUGUGUCUGAUGAUGAAUCAGGGGGAGAUAACUCUAUCCACACUGCUGUACUUGAUGAAAUGGGAAAUCAAAAAGUGGUUGCCCUGUCAGAAGCCAGUCAAUUUCGACAGAUUCCUGAAGAGCCCAAGUUUGCUGUUGUACCACGGGUAUCUUCUGACAUAUUUCCUCAAAGGUCACCGGCUACAUCGCGCCAUUUUGGAAUACGCAGAGAACGUCGAAAACAAAUCACCUUCCCCAAGCUGAAGUGUGAUCUGUGUGAACAGAAAUUCACCCGGCCAACGUAUUUGCGUAAACACAAGCUUCAAGUUCAUAAUAUUUCUGUUGAGAACAAAUACGAAAGGAAGUCAAAGAAAGAUGCUGUUCCUGAGCAGAGUCACAGUGGUGAAGACGACGCCCUAAACUUGACCACCACAGGGGACGAAGUGGAGGGUUCAAAAUCUAUGUCAGCAGAAGAGGCCAGGGUUGCCCGGCUGGAAAAGCUCAUUGUCAAAGAUGCGUUCGUAGCUUCUCAGAUCGCAUUGGAACUGGAAAGCUUGAGAAAGGGCGAACCAAAGCGACCGCGAUAUGUCUGCCGGAAGAAGUACCCCUGCAACGUAUGUGGGAAACCGUUUUCUUCUCCAAGCCUUCUGGAAAGGCAUCGGUCAGUGCAUACAAGGGAACGGUUGUACCCUUGUCCGCAUUGCCCCAAGAAAUGCGCCUACACUGACGAGAGACUGAGGCAUAUUCGCAGAGCUCAUCCAGAAAUGGCGGACGUGGAUCCAUCAAAGAAACCACACGCGGACACUGUGUUCAGAUGUAAUAUUUGCGUUGGAAAGAAGUUCUCCACCAAAUAUCGCUAUAUGGAACAUCUACGCGUGCAUCUGAACGGACUGUUCGAGUGCCACAUGUGCCACAAGAAGUAUGCCAAGAAGGACAAUCUGGCUCGCCAUCUGAUGACCCACACGGGAGAGAAGAAGCACGAAUGCGAGUACUGUCAUAAGAGAUUUCUUGACGCGGCGCUGCUGCGGAGCCAUCUUCAGGUUCAUACAAGAGACUACCGUCACAAGUGCAGCGUCUGCCAGAAAGGCUUCUCCAAGAAGAAGAACUUGUACAAUCACCUUCAGUCACACAACGAUGAUCAGAGCACGUACGAGUGUAAAAUCUGCUGGCAACGUUUCGUGUCCCGUCAAGAGAGAGACGAUCACGAGAUGCUGCACGUGGAGCAGAGCGAUUUUGCGGCUAAGAAGAAUGUUUCUGCUCUCAACCCAAGACUGCUUACAGUGCAGAACUUAGGUACUGAUAUUUCAACGGACCGACAGCAGCAAGCGCAAAGCAUCUCAGCGGAUAUGAGCACGGCUGUUUCCGUUGCUCAUCAGUUGGCUGAAUUUUCUUGUCAGAACAGAAUCCACGCACCAGUUGUGCCCGCACUGGAAGGCAUAAAUCCCUGCCUCACUUGCAGCCUCUGUAGCAAAUCAUUUCAGUCACCCGAAGAAAUGCAGCUACAUUCCCGACUCCACGAGUCUGUUCCUCAGCCUUCCCAAGUCAUUCCACAAACUUACGCCAAUCCAAAUUCUUUCGUAUCGUACGGGAUGGCCGCCACGACGCCGACAUCUGUGUAUCAGACAGAUUUGUCAACUCUGUGCGACCUGCCGGAUAACAGACCACAGCAUGGCCGUUUUCUGACCUGACAUUUUGACACACUCUUUCUGUUGCAUUUGGUAAAGAUGUAUGGCAGUAAAGUUAAA